GGCUGCAGCUGGGCUCCCCUCCUUGCACAAAAUACUGCAUGAAAAGGCAGAUGGAGUUCAACUUGCUCACUGACUCAGAAGCCCAUAGCCCCAAUCUCUCACUCUCAGAGUCUGGGACACCUCAACAUGAGCACAGCUGCAAGGGGCAAGAACACAGUGACACAGAAAAGUCGCAGCAGAACCAGACCGAUGACUCCAAUCCCGAGGACGGCACCUUGAGGAAGAAGCAGCGCAGGCAGAGAACUCACUUCACCAGCCAACAACUGCAGGAGCUGGAAGCCACUUUCCAGAGGAACCGCUACCCUGACAUGAGCACCCGAGAGGAGAUAGCGGUCUGGACCAACUUGACGGAAGCCCGAGUCCGGGUGUGGUUUAAGAACCGCAGAGCCAAAUGGAGGAAGCGAGAAAGGAAUCAGCAGGCAGAACUUUGUAAGAGCAGUUUUGGAGCCCAGUUCAAUGGACUGAUGCAGCCUUACGAUGAAAUGUAUAGUGGCUAUUCGUAUAACAACUGGGCUACCAAAGGCCUGGCGGCCAGCACCCUGACAGCCAAGAGCUUCCCCUUCUUCAACUCCAUGAAUGUCAACCCUCUCUCCUCACAACCCAUGUUCUCAUCCUCCAGCUCAAUUGGAUCCAUGCCCAUGGCCUCCUCCAUGGUUCCCUCAACAGUGACUGGUGUGCCAGGCCCAAGCCUCAACAACCUCAACAGUCCUGGCCUUAACUCCACCGUCUCCUCCAGUACCUGCCCUUAUGCCUCCACCACCAGCCCCUACAUGUACAGGGACACGUGCAACUCCAGCCUGGCAAGCCUGAGACUGAAGGCGAAGCAGCACGCCAACUUCACCUAUCCAGCGGUACAGGCAGCCGCCGCCUCCAGCCUGAGCCCCUGCCAGUACGCUGUGGAUAGGCCAGUAUGAAGGACUGGACCACCCCACC